GACAGCGCCAUGUUGAAAGGACGGAAGUGAUUUGCAAUUUUUUGGGGGGUGAAAAGUAUUUGUAUGCAGUUUUAACAAGAUCUACAUUUGUCUACGUUAUAAAAGUAGUAGAUAUCUAAAGUUUCUAUUGCAUUGAAACCUUAUUUCGUGACUUAAUUCUGUUGAGAGUGUGUUCCCCUAUAGUGUUGUUGAAACACUUCGUAUCUCACCCUGGACUUCAGACACUUGAAGAGCGACUUCAACACUUUUGUCCAAGAUGCCAUUGGCACAGCUCGCAGACCCAUGGCAAAAAAUGGCCUUAGGGACCGCUGAAACAGAGGUCAUGGAUGACUCCAUGGGAGACGAUGAUCCAGCAUGUGAUGAGGUGUCGGUGAAGGAGAUCAGCAUUACUCACCUGGUCAAAGAAGGCUCGGAGAAGGCUGACCCACGACAGUUUGAGCUUCGGAAGGUUCUGGGGCAGGGCUCGUUCGGAAAGGUUUUCCUGGUAAGGAAAAUAACAGGUCCAGAUUCGGGCCAGCUGUAUGCUAUGAAAGUGCUUAAAAAAGCCACAUUGAAAGUGCGGGACAGAGUCCGGACAAAGAUGGAGAGAGACAUUCUUGUGGAGGUGAACCAUCCAUUUAUCGUCCGAAUGCACUAUGCAUUUCAGACCGAGGGGAAGCUCUACCUCAUCCUUGACUUCCUCCGUGGUGGAGAUCUGUUCACGCGUCUCUCCAAAGAGGUGAUGUUCACAGAAGAGGAUGUGAAGUUUUACCUAGCAGAACUGGCCCUGGCCCUGGACCACCUGCAUGGUUUGGGAAUAAUCUACAGAGACCUCAAACCAGAGAACAUUCUGCUGGAUGAGGAUGGUCAUAUUAAGCUCACUGACUUUGGCUUGAGCAAAGAGUCCAUCGAUCAUGAGAACAAGGCCUACUCCUUCUGCGGGACAGUGGAGUACAUGGCACCAGAAGUGGUCAACCGGAGAGGACACACCCACAGUGCUGAUUGGUGGUCUUACGGUGUGCUGAUGUUUGAGAUGCUUACAGGAACUCUGCCUUUCCAAGGCAAAGAUCGUAAGGAGACCAUGACAAUGAUCCUCAAAGCCAAACUGGGAAUGCCACAGUUCCUGAGCCAAGAAUCCCAGUCUCUCCUACGCAACCUGUUUAAACGUAACCCCGGAAACCGAUUAGGUGCUGGUCCUGAUGGAGUGGAAGAUAUUAAGAGGCAUUCCUUUUUCUCCACGAUUGAUUGGAACAAAUUGUUUAGGAAAGAACUUCACCCCCCCUUUAAACCCGCAAGUGGGAGACCCGAUGACACGUUGUACUUUGACCAAGAAUUCACCGCCAAGACUCCUCGAGACUCUCCUGGUGUACCUCCAAGUGCCAAUGCCCACCAGCUGUUCCGAGGUUUCAGCUUUGUAGCCAUCAGCUCAGAGGAAGAAAGUCAGCUCACGCAGAGCACCAACAUGACGUCUGUACAGCAACUCCACCGAAACAACACCAUGCAGUUCAGCGACGCGUACGACGUGAAGGAGGACAUCGGUAUCGGCUCGUACUCUGUCUGCAAACGUUGCGUUCAGAAAAGCACCGCUAUGGAGUACGCCGUCAAAAUCAUCAGCAAAACCAAGAGGGACCCCACAGAUGAAAUAGAGAUCCUUCUGCGUUAUGGACAGCACCCAAACAUCAUCACCCUGAAAGAUGUGUAUGACGACGGGCGUUCGGUGUACCUGGUGACAGAGCUGCUGAAGGGUGGCGAGUUGCUGGAUAAGAUUCUCAGGCAAAAGUUUUUCUCAGAGAGAGAAGCCAGCGCCGUUCUUCACACCAUCACCAAAACGGUGGACUACCUGCAUGUGCAAGGGGUGGUUCACCGGGACCUUAAACCCAGUAACAUCUUGUAUGUGGAUGAGUCUGGCAACCCAGAGUCAAUACGCAUCUGUGACUUUGGAUUUGCCAAACAGCUGAGAGCAGAGAACGGGCUCCUGAUGACUCCUUGCUACACUGCUAAUUUUGUGGCCCCUGAGGUGCUCAAGAAACAGGGUUAUGAUCAAGCCUGCGAUAUCUGGAGCCUGGGAGUGCUUCUGUACACCAUGUUAACUGGUUUCACCCCCUUUGCCAACGGACCAGAGGACACCCCAGAGGAGAUCUUGGUUCGUAUUGGCAGUGGGAGGUUCUCUCUGACAGGAGGCUACUGGAACUCUGUCUCGGCAGAAGCCAAGGACCUUGUGUCCAAGAUGCUGCACGUGGACCCCCAUAAAAGGCUCACCUCCGCUCAAGUGCUGAGGCACCCCUGGAUCGUCCAUAAGGACCAGCUCCCCAAAUAUCAGCUCAAUAGACAGGACGCUCCACAUCUGGUCAAGGGCGCAAUGGAAGCCACUUACUCGGCCAUCAACAGGAACGUGACCCCGGCGUUGGAGCCGGUCGGCCGCUCCACAUUAGCACAGCGGAGAGGAGUGAAGAAGCUGACCUCCACGGCCCUCUGACUCCCUCAACAGUGCACCUCCUGACAUGUCAUCUGUAAUGGAUGUCAUAAUAUAACGUGUCAUUAGACCAGUUUGACUAAUUGGUUUGAACCGGGUCAGUAGAACAGUGUGUCAAACCAAAAAAAAAAAUCUAGAAUGAACCGAAUCUUUGCUUUGUACAAUCCUUGCUGCUGACCAAUCAAGAGUUAUGAGCUGAACAGUUUUAUUUUAUGAAAAUGUGAUACAUCUACAAUACUGUGUAUUUUCUACUGUCUGUGUGAACAGAGAUAAAGAAGCACUGUUAGAUCUUUCCCAUUUUUCCUUUCAAACUUGAAACCGUUAGGAGCUCAGGCAUAACUCCGUUAUAUACUUCUUUGAUACACACAAAACUCCUAAACACAAUGUUAUUGGGUCAUUAUUCAAUUACUAAAGGGAAUUAUUUGAAUGAGAGUUUACUUUAUAGCUGUUAUGAUUACUCUCCAGUGGGACUGUCUUAGAAAAUGUAGAAUGUAUUUUUAUAAUAUACAUUACCUAGAUUUUUUCUAUUUUGUGUGUGCAUGAUGCGGACAAUUGAGGGAUGAUUUACUUAGGUGUUAGGGCUGUCCAAGAAGCUGAUGAUUGCUGAGAUGCAAGACAGAACAAACACUGACUUCUGCCUCUUUUGUUGAAAAGUUAUUUGUAUUCAAUAAAUAUCUAAUGAAACGACA